UAAUCGUAAGUAUAGAGGUUUGGCCGAUUGAGAAGUAAAAGAGAUUUCACUCCACAAAGCCCUAAUCUUAAUUCAUUCACAGAUCCAAUGCCGAUUGCCAAAUCCGAUAAGAUCUUCGUCGCCGGCCACGGCGGCCUGGUCGGAUCCGCCGUGGUCCGGAAGCUCAGCCACCUAGGCUUCUCCAACCUCCUCUUCCGUACCCACUCCCAGCUCGACCUCGCCGUCCAAUCCGCCGUCGACGCCUUCUUCGCCGCCGAAAAGCCCGAUUACGUCGUCCUCGCCGCCGCCAAGGUCGGCGGAAUCCACGCGAACAACACCUAUCCGGCGGACUUCAUCACAAUUAACCUCCAAAUCCAGACCAAUGUGGUUACCUCGGCGUACAAGCACGGCGUGAAGAAGCUCCUGUUUCUCGGAUCCUCCUGCAUUUACCCUAAAUUCGCCCCGCAACCGAUACCGGAGGCCGCGCUGUUGACCGGUCCGUUGGAGCCGACGAACGAGUGGUACGCGAUUGCGAAAAUCGCCGGCAUCAAAAUGUGCCAAGCGUACCGGAUUCAGUUCAAAUUCGACGCGAUUUCCGCCAUGCCUACGAACCUAUACGGCCCUAACGACAACUUCCAUCCGGAAAAUUCGCACGUCCUCCCAGCACUAUUGAGGAGAUUUCACGAGGCGAAGGCGAGGAACGAUGAAAAAGUGGUGGUUUGGGGGAGCGGUUCCCCUUUGAGAGAGUUCCUCCAUGUCGAUGAUCUCGCGGACGCUAUAGUGUUCUUGCUGGAGCAUUACAGCGGAUUGGAGCACGUGAAUGUAGGGAGUGGGAAGGAGGUGACCAUAAAGGAGCUUGCAGAGCUGGUAAAGGAGGUUGUAGGGUUUAAGGGGGAGCUGGUGUGGGACCCAACUAAGCCCGAUGGAACUCCGAGAAAGCUCAUGGAUAGCUCAAACCUUGCAGGAAUGGGAUGGACACCUAAAAUCUCACUGCGAGAUGGGCUUGUUGAUACCUAUAAGUGGUACUUGGACAACUAUGUUCAGAAAUAGCGCAGGUGAUGAUCACCACACACCAAUUUGUUACAAUGUUACAUUGUUACCUUAUGAUUUUUUGUUGUUGUGUCGCGCCAUUGCCAAAAGUUAUAAGCAUUCUUGUGGGAUAGAUACAUCAUUGCUUUGCUGUACUGUUUCUUGAUAGCAAUAGUAUUAUAUAUGCUCAGCUAGAAUUGUUAUAUCUCACAUUGGAAGAGAGGUUGUAUUUUGAAGAGAUUGUAUAGGCAUUGGUGUUAUACAUUAUGUAACUCUGUCACUUGGUGUGGCUCGAAGUUUAUCUUACUGCAAAUUUAAUAAUGAGCCCUAUAUUCGUGUUCUA